UCCUCUGUCUCCCCGAAGCUGCCCCGCGAACCCUCCCGGGGACUGAUGGGCUGGACCUGCCGGGGAGGCGACGGCUGCCGCGUGGACCGGACUCCAGUCCGCGGGAGCUGUCCCGCAGGGGUAGCUCGGCGCCCCAAAGGUUUCCCCUGCUAGCCCGGGGGUGCACGAUCUCUCCUGCACUAAUGAAAGAAGACACUGAGAAUGGAUUACUGCAACCAGACAGCUUUAGUCCCAUGUGGACAAGAUAAAUACAUUUCCAAAAAUGAACUUCUGGUACACCUGAAGACCUAUAAUUUAUAUUAUGAGGGUCAGAACUUGCAACUACGGCAUCGAGAGGAAGAAGAUGAAUUCAUCGUGGAGGGAUUAUUGAACAUCUUCUGGGGCCUGCGCCGGCCUAUCCGUUUGCAGAUGCAAGAUGACAAUGAACGGAUCAGACCUCCUCCCUCCUCUUCCUCCUGGCACUCUGGUUGCAACCUGGGAGCCCAUGGGUCUAUAAUGAAGCCCGUUACCAUUCCAGAUAUUCAGAUAACAGACACAGAUGCAAGCCCUGGAAGUGACAGGAGGCUUAGCCCAACAGGGACCAGAGACCUGAGGCCUCUACAAGAGGACACCCCUCAGCUGAUGAGGACUCACAGUGAUGUUGGGGUUCGGCGCCGUGGCAAUGUGCGCACCCCAAGUGACCAGCGGCGCAUCAAGCGGCACCGUUUCUCCAUCAAUGGCCACUACUACAACCAUAAGACAUCUGUGUUCACCCCAGCCUAUGGUUCCAUCACCAAUGUCAGGAUUAACAGCACCAUGACAACGCCUCAGGUUCUUAAGCUCCUACUCAAUAAAUUUAAGAUUGAGAAUUCUGCUGAGGAAUUUGCUUUAUAUAUUGUUCAUACUAGUGGAGAGAAACAGAAACUAAAGGUCACAGAUUACCCCCUGAUUGCCAGGAUCCUCCAAGGCCCGUGCGAACAGGUCUCCAAAGUCUUCCUCAUGGAGAAGGACCAAGUGGAAGAGGUCACCUACGAUGUGGCCCAGUACAUAAAAUUUGAAAUGCCAGUCCUGAAGAGCUUCAUUCAAAAACUCAAAGAGGAAGAAGACCGAGAAGUAAAGAAACUAAUGCGCAAAUAUACAGUGCUCAGAUUAAUGAUUGAACAGAGGUUAGAAGAGAUAGCGGAAAGCCCAGCAACAAUCUAAGCAGCCAGGUUGUGGCACUUAUGGAAACAGAUGAGUCUUAAGCCUUUGUUAAUAUGAAGAAAUCCUAAGAUGGAGAAGGAUGGAGGCCUCCUGAUGGACCUUAUAAACUCCUUUCCCCAAUUUGGAACUUUUUGAAUACAAGUUACUCUCCUCAUCUUGGAACUGGAAGCAGACACACCAGCAGACAACUCUUGGAUACUCUUAAUCAUUGCCUCUUUUCCUUCUCUGGGGGAGAAUCUUGAUUUAUGGUGUCUAGAGGACUUCAUUAUGUGUAUGUUUGUGGUGUGUGUAUAUAUGUGCAUUUGUGCUCUUGUAUGAGAGGGCAUGUAUGUGUGUGCUUGGGAUUGGUGGAGGAAGAGGGAAGAAGAGAGAAGUAUGUGUAUGUUUGUGGGGAAAGUGGGAAAGGAUCUCUUUUUGAAUAUUCAGAGUAUUUUCACAUGCAAUUUAAAAAUUCCAAACAACCAGCAACUGGGCCAUGAAUCUGUUAGAAAUGAAUGCUUCAGACCAAGAUGAUGUGUUCUGAUAGAUAAUAAGGGCCAGGGCCCCAGGAUUAGUUAGGGCUCUUGAUUAGAGGGGCUAGUUGUUCAGAGGCCAUGGUUCCUACUGCUCUCCUUUUAAACGAUCUACCAUUUGGGAAUUACAUUUUAGCAUUUAAAGAUGUUUUGGUGUCUUUACAAAGAACAGGAGGAAGUGUUGAAAGCCAUACAGGUAGCCAUGUGUCAGGAUUCAAAUCCAGGUUGAAUGGCUCAAAACUCCAUAGUUCUUUUCAUAACUUUUCACAAUUGCCUCUCCAGUAAAGGAGUAGCUGAGGUUGGGAUCUCCAGCUAGAUCUAACAAACAUGCAAAAAUUGGCUAAUGGACAAAUCUUUGCAGGAUUUCCUUUUUUAAAAAAAACUUUAAAUUUAAAUGUUUUCAAUUAAAAUAUAUUUCCUAUACCUCCUACUCUCAUUUCAUUAAAAAGAAAAGAAAAACAAAAUCUUUGUAACAAAUAUAUAAUCAAGAAAACCAAUUCCCAUACUGACAAGUUCUGAAAAAUAUUUCAUUUUGUACCCUGAACUCACCACCUGUAACAUUCUUUACAAAAUUCUUUUUGAAAAGAAUGAGUCAGUGACCACACUCCUGGUAUGUCUGAAAGAACCAGGCAGAGGUUAACAGAGCUGGACAAUGCGGCUGCCCAUUUGACCACUGGUGUGGCCCUUCACUUCGGGCUUGUUGCUUGGCAAUUUUGUCUUUCCUGAAAACAAAAAUGUCUGGAAUGCAUUAUGGUGGUGAUCCUAAAUAUGAAAGGAAUUCUCUUUCCCUGCAAUCAAUCCACAGUUUUUACUGGGUCUUUGUGUAAAUCAAGGAAUGAACUAGCAAGAUUCCUGCCUCCUCAGUAAGAAGGGCCUUACUCGUAACUUUUAGAUGCCAACCCCCAUUUUUUAGCAGGCCCUUGAAUCUCACAGCUAGACAAAUAGGGCAGACAGUUCAGGAGUACAUGUGAACAAAUAGAAUUUGGAGCAAAAUAUGACCUGCUUGUUCCUCUUUGAGAUUUCUUAAACUGAAGCCUUCUUUGAAAUCGGCGGUAGCAUUAUCAGUGCUUACAUCACCAAGGUAGGACUCAAAGUCACUGAGCCUAGAGAGCCUGUCCUUGCAGCUGAAUAUAAAAUCAUAGACUUGGAGUGAGAAGCUCAUUAGGGUCAUCAAGUCUAAUUCCUUCAUUUCAUAGAUGAGGAAACUGAGAUUCAAAGAGAUUAGGACUUGCUUAAAGUCACAUGAGUAGUAAGUGGCAAAACUAGAAUUUGAACUCAGAUUCAGAACCCUUUCCACUUAUCAUGCUAAGAAGUAUGAGGGGAUACCUUGAAUCUUCCAGGAAUUUAGAAGAAAGAAAAAGGGGCACUUUUUAGCCAAUCAGGGACUCCCCUCCCCUUCUCUAUUCCAUUAGCAAGCUAGAGAACAGACUAGGCUUCAGUGAUAAGAGUGGAUACCCUUGCAAAGCCUAUUUCCUUUUAGAAUAUCCUCCAUGUCACAGUUUCUUGACCUUGGCUUUCUCUGUGCUAAAUGGACAGAGUGUUUCUAUGAGGAAGGGCCUUCAGGGCCCUCCCCCUUGAUCCCCAAAUAGAAGGUGCUUAUUUGCUUUGGGUGAAAGAAGCAGGAGACGGCUUUGCCUCCUGUCACUCAGGGAUCUCUUUGAGUUUUUGAGCUGAAACCACAGGUUUCAAGUGUAAGCUUCAUUCUUUUAAAAUCAUUAAUUAGUAUUGACAGCACUUACUUACCCCCCCUUCCCUAGUGAUAAAAACGAAAUCCUUCCCUAGCCUUUGUACAGAAAGAUAAAAUCAUGUGUGUGUGGCUAAGACAACAUUUUAAAAUGUCACUUGUGUAUUUAAAAUUUUUGUUGCUAUGUGGGGACUUAGGAUAGGAUCAAGCCAUGGAGCUUUGCCAUCUGUGCUUCUUCCAUCAAUACCUGUGGAAAGAGCCCCAGUCCCUUGUCUGCCAAUGGGCAUUGAGCCCAAUCCUCUCAUUUAAUACAGGAGGAAAAUGGGGCUCAGAAAGGGUUAAUUGCCUAAGAUCAGACAAGUAGUGUAACAGAGCUGGAGUUUCUGGGGUUUCAAUUCCAUCCUUUGGGGGUACCAAAAAUCUCCCAUUCUUUAUUCUACAGCAUCGCUUCCUCAAAGAAUCACUGACUCAAAAGAUGGAAGGACUUGGAGCUCAUUUCAUGAUCCCUUCACAGAAUCAGCUCCCACCAGAAUUAUUGGAAUGCUAAGAAAUCCCUAGAAUAUACAAACUGGUGGUGUUUCGUUCCUAAAGAGAAAAUUACCAGAUUUUAAACUUUUACCUAUAAUCCAAAUUAAAGCAAAAUAGAAAAUAUAAGGAAGGCUUAGAAAUGGGCUGUGUUUCAAAAGUUCAUUUGUAAUUGACUGUAGGAAAGAGAAUUAUUAUAAUAAGCAGCAUUUAUUUUUUUUUUUAAAUUUUUUUUAUUUAAUAAUUACAUUAUAUUUACACUCAUUUCUGUUCCGAUUUUUUUUUCCCCUCCCUCCCUCCACCCCCUCCCCUAGAUGGCAAGCAGUCCUAAUAAGCAGCAUUUAUGUAAUGCUUUCAUGUUUACUAAAAGUUUUACAUAUAAGUCUCUUAUUUCAUCCUCACAACAACAAUCUUAGGAGGUAGGUACUGUUUUUAGUCUUGUUUUACAGAUGAGGAAACUAAGUCAAAAAGAAGUAAGGUGAUUUCUCAAGGUUAGACAGCUAAUAAGAGUCUGAGGCAGAUUUUGAACUCAAGUUUCCAUAACCUCAAGUCUAUACUAUCAUUGAACUACCUAACUCCCAGCCAAGUACCUACAGUACAGCAUGAUUGUUCAGAAUGAGAAUUUCCAAGUCUAAUGAGACUCUUCUUUUUUCCUUUUCCCUUUUAAAAAUUUCAGUCUUGUGAUCUUAUUAUUGGGUUUUGGAACUGGUUUGAGGACCAUCUGGCAUCUUUCUGUUUUGAGGAGCAACCAGUAUCUUUUGGAAGAACAAUUAGCCUGGUGGAAAGAGCAUUAACGUUGGACUUUGAAUCCUGACCUUACCAUUUAAUAACUGUGUGUUCUUAGAUCAGCUGUGCUCUGGCUUCCUUGGCCCCUGUAAAUUUUCCCAUAGAAGUCAGAAGAACCUAGGUUUACCUAUUACUAACCAUUAUCUUUUUUUUUUUUUUUUUUUGGACACCAUAUCUGGGAUGCCAAAGUUGUUUGUGAUUUAAACUUAGGAUCCCAUUAGCAUUAAUUAUCACAAACCUUUGGUUGACAAAUUAUUCCAAACCUCCCCUUGUCCCAUAACUUUCCCAUUUUCACUUCCCCAAAGUUCUAAAAUAUGUUUUCUUAGAAAUGGAAAGGAGGAGCAGAGGAAUAAACACAGAACAGUAAACUUCUCCAUUUGCUCUCAUCCUGAUUUGUAAAUUGCCCAAUUAGAAACUGUCUCAGCCAUGUUGUUCUUGCUGUAGGAAAUUGGGCUAUCAGUGUUGGCAGAUGGCAAGGUGAGGGGGGCGGUGUUUUGAGUCCUGCAAAGAAAGCCAAGCUUUUCCCACCAGUAUCAUGUGAAUUUUGAUGCUUUGAAAUGCUAAACUGAUUUGUAGGGUUCUGCAGCUGUUUGCUGUGAGCCCUGAAAUGUGGUUAAGAUGAAAAGCAAGGUUUUUCUCCCCUUUUUUUCUUUUCUCCUGUUUUUUUAAAAAUCCAUUCCUUUCAUUUCUCCCUCUUUUUUUUCUGUUUCUCAGUGCCUGUAUGUUUCUUUCUUAAAAGAGGAUUCAACUUGCUUAUAGGCUGGUUUAAUGAAAAGAAAAAGUCUUGAGCUCAGGUGGCAGACAAGGGACUGGGGCUCUUUCCACAGGUAUUGAGGGAAGAAGCACAUGAUGGUGUUAAUCUGUGCUCACGUCACAGGGGAGGGCCUGUGGUUUGACUUGAAUGACCAAGUUUUUAAUGGGGUGGUGGAAGGGUUGGUAUUAAGAAGAUCAGGUAACACAAAACAGAAUUAAUUGUCCAUGGGCACACUGUGUAGGGAGAUUUUUUGCACAUUAAUAACACUGGACAACGAAGUUUUAACCACUAUUAGAGGAUGAGGUUGGUGGCUUGGUUACCUGGCUGGGUGUUGGGAUUGCUCCCUACUUUGUUAAACCAUUUUAAGACCAUCAGCCCCAGAGUGCAAUUGUUCCUUCAAGGUCUAUUGAUGCCAAAGAGUAAGCUCUUUUAUCCCCUCAACCAGAACUCAACAACAACAACAAAACUCUUGCUUUAGUAACUCAAACUGUGACCUAUAAGUACAAACAAAAACCUUGGCAUACACAUGCUAUUCUGUUCUCAGUGAUCAUUUUCUAAAGGAUUAAGGAUUGUCUUAAUCUUCUGAUUGUGACUUAGUUUCAGUGGAGUGGGUAGAAGGGGGUGGGUGAAGACAGUCUAGAGAGUUGUAGGUGUUGAUGGAGAGAAACCCCCUUCUGGAAAAAGCUUGGGGCCUUGAAGCCUUUGGCCAUUUGGGAAUGAUGGCAGAGGACAGUAGGAACUCCUGGUGACCAAAUAUUGAUUAUAGGAAGUGGAUAUAGUUAGUGGAAGGGAGAGAUUGUCACUUUUUUAAAGUUUCUAAGGGAGAAAAAAGAGCUUUGGACUCUUAAUUGAAAGUGAAUAUUUUAAAUAAGGUUUUCCAUGCAGCAUUUUUAGGUCAGAUGUUCCCCCUAUGGUGGAGGGGACACUGAGAGUGACUUCCUUUCUCUGAAGAGUCAAGCAAGGAAGAGAUGGCAAAUUAGGAUAAAUGAGCACAAAUUUAAAGUAUUUCCAAUAGGACAGUUGUCCAAUCUGGAGGCAUUUCUGUUUCUAAAGUUGACUUAGAAGUGGUUUCUCAUGUCAUUAAUAAUAUUUUCCCUGGUCUCUCUCCAUUCCUUUCCCUGCUUUAGCUUUGAAAAUAUCUUUUACUUACCUGUUAUUUACACCUCAAAAAUGGUACAUGAACUUAUAAAGUGACACUGCUUUUAUUUCAUUUUUUGUAUUUUAAGCACAAGAUUUGACACUGCCUCAGUUGGAAAUGAAUAGUGAAUGUUAAUGUAACACAUUGAAACAGUCUGAAGCACAUGAUUUAGUCUUCUUUAAAUAAAGCACUUUGUGGAGAA